CAGAGCUCCCCCCCCUGCCCCGUACUCCCCAGACUCAGGGAGACGUGUCCACACCCCCCUGUCUAGCCCACCUGAGCCUCACUCCUCACACAAGGGGCUCCCACCAUGUGUCGUUCCCCCCCCACACCCCUAAGACGUGGCUUGUGUCCCUGGGCCCUGGACCUCCAGCUGCUGCAGCCGCCCCCCUCAAACCCCGCAGUCGAAUCCAGGAGUUCAGAUCUUCAGUCCCCCCCUUCCUCCUCCCCAGGCUUAGCUUUGGGAGAGGUCCUGAGCCCUCAAAAAAUCUUCACUGUCACCCCAGCCUCUGCUUGGACCCCAUCUUUGAACCUGCCUCCAAGCUGUGGCCAUGACCAAGGCCUGACCUGACUAGAACCUAGAUGGAUGCCUAGAAUUGGGGGGGGCCAGUCUCCCCCAGGCCUGUCUCCCCUGUCCCUGUUCAUCUCCCCACAGGGCCCGCCCCGGCCCAGGAGGCCAGCCCGGGAAUCAUUAAUGAAAGUCCGGGACAUGGCGGAGAAGGAGGGUGGCCGGAGGGUACAAGGCUGCUCUGGACCCAAGGUGGCUGCGCUCUCCGUAGGAACCCUGCUGCUCCUCACGGCCAUCGGAGCAGCUUCCUGGGCUGUUGUGACCCUACUCAGGAGUGAUCAGCAGCCACUGUACCCAGUGCAGGUCAGCCCUGUGGACGCGCGCGUCACGGUGUUUGACAGGAUGGAGGGGACGUGGCGUCUGCUGUGCUCCUCCCGCUCCAACGCCAGGGUGGCGGGUCUCAGCUGCGAGGAGAUGGGCUUUCUCAGGGCUUUGGUCCAUUCCGAGCUGGACGUGAGGACCGCGGGCGCCAACGGCACGUGGGGCUUCUUCUGCGUGGACGAGGGCCGGCUGCCCCACGCCCAGAGCCUGCUGGAUGUCAUCUCUGUGUGCGACUGUCCCAGAGGCCGCUUCCUGUCCACCGUCUGCCAAGACUGUGGCCGCAGGAAGCUGCCCGUGGACCGCAUCGUGGGCGGCCAGGACAGCAGCCUGGGCCGGUGGCCGUGGCAGGUCAGCCUGCGUUAUGACGGGGCGCACCUGUGCGGGGGGUCCCUGCUAUCUGGAGACUGGGUGCUAACCGCUGCCCACUGCUUCCCAGAGAGGAACCGAGUCCUGUCUCUAUGGAAAGUAUUUGCUGGGGCCGUGGCCCAGGGCUCCCCCCAUGGCGUGCAACUGGGGGUGCGGGCUGUCAUCUACCACGGGGGCUACCUUCCCUUUCAAGACCCCAACAGCGGAGAGAACAGCAACGACAUCGCCCUCGUCCACCUCUCCAGCCCCCUGCCCCUCACGGAAUACAUCCAGCCUGUGUGUCUCCCCGCGGCCGGCCAGGACCUGGUGGACGGCAAGAUCUGCACAGUGACCGGCUGGGGAAACAUGCAGUACUACGGCCAGCAGGCUCGGGUACUGCAGGAGGCCCGGGUCCCCAUAAUCAGCAACGAUGUCUGCAACGGCCCCGACUUCUAUGGAAACCAAAUCAAACCUAAGAUGUUCUGUGCCGGCUACCCCGAGGGGGGCGUGGAUGCCUGCCAGGGGGACAGUGGCGGGCCGUUCGUGUGUGAGGACAGCAUCUCCCGGGCCCCGCGCUGGCGCCUGUGCGGCAUCGUGAGCUGGGGCACCGGCUGCGCCUUAGCUCAGAAGCCAGGAGUCUACACCAAAGUCAUGGACUUCCGAGAGUGGAUCUUCCAGGCCAUUAAGACUCACUCCGAAGCCAGCGGCAUACUGAGCCACCGCUGACCUGUGGCGUCUCCGUGCUGCCCGUGUCUCCAGCGCCCACGCUGGCCUGCGUGUGGCUGCCCUGGCUGUCUGUGGUUGGUACCACACCGAGUCCAGGAUGGACCAUGUUUCUUCUCGAGCCCAGUCCACGGGUCCAAGGACCCCUCUGAGCUGCUCGUGUGCCAUAGUGGCGGCCCCCCCCAGCCAGCCACACCUCUCCCCCCCCCCCCGCCCCGCACCAUGUGUAAAUAUUAUUCUGCCCUCUGGGGAACCCUUGUUUAGGGGACCCUGGUGACAGGAUGCUCUUUAAAUAAUAAAGAUGGUUUUGAUUAA